GAGUUAGACACUCAGAGGGACUCAGCUCUCCUUUUGAAGUUGCUCAUCUUCUGCUCUCCUCUACUCAAGAGUCAGCAACCCACCUCAGCCAAAAUGAAUGCAAUGAAGUCAUACUCCGUAUCUGGCUACAGCUCCUCCAGCAGGAGGUCAACGGCUCCAGUCUCCAGCUACAGCGUCAGAAGAACCAGCUAUGGUGUUGGAUCUGGAAUGGGUGGCUCAGGAGGUGGUUACAGCUACAGCAUCGGUGGUGGUUCUGGUAUGGGUGGUGGUAUGGGUGGUGGUAUGGGUGGUGGUAUGGGUGGUGGAUACGGCGGUGGUUAUGUGGUGGGUAUGGGUGGUGGUAUGGGUGGUGGAUACGGCGGUGGUAUGGGUUCAGGCUCUGGCUUCGGUUUUGGUGCUGGCCAGGGUGGUGGUUUCAUGGGAGCACCCAUCACAGCUGUCCAGGUCAACCAGAGCCUGCUGGCUCCUCUGUGCCUGGAGAUUGACCCCACAAUCCAGACUGUCCGCACCCAGGAGAAGGAGCAGAUCAAGGGUCUCAACAACCGCUUCGCCUCCUUCAUCGACAAGGUUCGUUUCUUGGAGCAACAGAACAAGAUGCUGGAGACCAAAUGGAGCCUCCUGCAGGACCAGACCGUCACGCGCUCCAACAUCGAUGGCAUGUUUGAGGCUUACAUUGCUAACCUUCGCAGACAGCUCGAUGGGCUGGGCAACGAGAAAGUCAAACUGGAUAGUGAACUGAGGAACAUGCAGGGUCUGGUUGAAGACUUCAAGAGGAAGUACGAGGAUGAAAUCAACAAGCGCGCAGCUGCUGAGAAUGAGUUUGUUCUGCUGAAGAAGGAUGUCGAUGCUGCCUACAUGAACAAGGUUGAGCUGGAAGCCAAGGCUGAUGCUCUUCAGGAUGAAAUCAACUUCCUCAGGGCCGUCUAUGAGGCUGAGCUCCGUGAGCUGCAGGGCCAGAUCAAAGACACAUCAGUCAUUGUGGAGAUGGACAACAGCCGCGGCCUUGACAUGGACGCCGUUGUGGCUGAAGUGCGUGCUCAGUAUGAAGAAAUCGCCAACAAAAGCAAAGCAGAGGCUGAGUCAUGGUACAAACAGAAGUACGAGGAGAUUCAGAGCUCAGCUGGACAGUAUGGUGAUGACCUGCGCUCAACCAAGGCUGAGAUUGCUGAGCUUAACCGCAUGAUCGCUCGUCUCCAGAAUGAAAUCGAGGCUGUUAAGGGACAGAGGAACAACCUUGAGUCUCAAAUCGCAGAGGCUGAGGAGCGUGGUGAGCUGGCAGUGAAGGAUGCCAGGUUCCGCAUCAAGGAACUGGAAGAAGCUCUGCAGAGAGCUAAGCAGGACAUGGCCCGCCAGGUGCGCGAGUACCAGGACCUGAUGAACGUUAAGCUGGCUCUGGACAUUGAAAUUGCCACCUACAGGAAACUGCUGGAAGGAGAGGAGAGCAGAAUCGCCAGCGGAGGCGCCACUGCAACCAUCCACAUGCAGCAGAGCAGUUCAGGAGUCUCCAGCUCCAGCGGUGGAUAUGGCAUGUCCGGUGGUUAUGGUGGCAGCAUGUCUGGUGGUUAUGGUGGCAGCAUGUCUGGUGGUUAUGGUGGCAGCAUCAAGUCCUCUGUCACAACCAGCAGCAGCAGCAGCAGGAGAGCGUUUUAAAGAAAGGAG